UCCGUUCGUAACUGUUCACCCUACAAAGGACAUCUUGAAUCUAAUCUUCCUCUAUAACUAGCGUUCUCGCUUCCUUGGCUGAGCCAAAAUGGCGGAGUGUGCAGAUACUGCAUUGGUGUAUUCCGACUGACUUGAGCGCAAGAUGGCAGCUUCAGUGGAAGACGAGUUUGAGGAUGCCCCUGAUGUAGAGCCUUUAGAGCCGACCUUAAAGAAUAUAAUAGAGCAGAAAUCACUUAAAUGGAUAUUUGUCGGCGGUAAAGGAGGUGUGGGAAAGACGACAUGCAGCUGCAGUCUGGCGGUUCAGUUGGCGGCGGUGAGGGAAAGCGUCCUCAUCAUAUCCACAGAUCCAGCACACAACAUCUCAGACGCCUUUGACCAGAAGUUCUCCAAGGUUCCCACUAAAGUCAAGGGCUACGACAACCUCUUUGCUAUGGAGAUCGACCCCAGUCUGGGUGUGGCAGAGCUGCCGGAUGAGUUCUUCGAGGAGGACAACAUGCUCAGUAUGGGGAAAAAGAUGAUGCAGGAGGCCAUGAGUGCUUUCCCUGGCAUCGAUGAGGCCAUGAGCUACGCAGAGGUCAUGAGGUUAGUGAAAGGCAUGAAUUUCUCAGUAGUGGUGUUUGACACGGCUCCCACAGGACACACUCUGCGUCUGCUCAACUUCCCCACCAUCGUGGAGCGAGGUUUGGGACGCCUCAUGCAGAUCAAGAACCAGAUCAGCCCCUUCAUCUCACAGAUGUGUAAUAUGUUGGGCCUGGGAGACAUGAAUGCAGAUCAGCUGGCGUCCAAACUGGAGGAGACGCUGCCUGUCAUCCGCUCCGUCAGCGAGCAGUUCAAGGACCCGGAGCAGACAACGUUCAUCUGUGUGUGCAUCGCAGAGUUUCUGUCUCUGUACGAGACGGAGCGUCUGAUUCAGGAACUUGCCAAGUGUCGCAUCGACACACACAACAUUAUCGUCAACCAGCUGGUUUUCCCUGACAAUGAGCGGCCUUGCAAGAUGUGUGAAGCCCGACACAAGAUUCAGUCAAAGUACCUGGACCAGAUGGAGGAUUUAUAUGAAGAUUUCCACAUAGUAAAGUUGCCUCUGCUUCCUCACGAGGUUCGAGGAGCCGACAAGGUCAACACUUUCUCCAAGCAGCUGCUGGAGCCCUACAGCCCUCCCAAAAAGUGACUUAAACCAUUCCCACGGAUCAAACACACACCUCUUCUACACUCGCGCACAAACCCACUGUCUCUCUACUAUCUGGUUUUCAGCUAAUGCGCUAAUUGACGCCGCUCCAGUGAUCCGUAAUGAAUGUUGGGCAAGAUUUAAAGGGACAGUUCACCCAAAUAAAGUUCAUUUUUACUCUCCCUCAAGUACUUGCAAACAUUUAUGAGCUUCUUUUUUCCAUUGAACACAAAAGAAGAUAUUUUGAAAAAUGUUGAAAACUGGUAAGCAUUGACUUCCAUAGUAGUAAAAACAAAUGGAAGUUAUUCAUUGCAACAUUUAAGAACACUAUUUACUCUCCCUCACAUGCUUGCAAACAUUUAAGUACUUUUUCUUCCAUCGAACACAAGACAUUUUGAAGAAUGUCAAAAACCGGUAACCAUUGACUUCCAUAGUAGGAAAAGCAAAUGGAAGUUGAUGGUUACAACAUUCAUCAGUUCUAUCUAUGCUCCCUUUAAUGCUUCCAAGCAUUUAUGAGCUUCUUUCUUCCUUUGAACUCAAAAGAAGAUAUUUUGAUAAAUGUUGAAAACCGGUCACCAUUGACUUGCAAAGUUGGAAAAUCUAAUGGAAGUUAAUGGUUACAACAUUCAUCAACACGAUCUACUCUCCCUCAAGUGUUUGCAAACAUUUAUGAGCUUCUUUCUUCCAUUAAACAGAAAGGAAGGUAUUUUGAAGAAUGCUGAAAACUGGUAACCAUAGACUUCCUUUGUAGGCAAAACUAAUGGAACAACUGAAAAGUGAGUUAAUAAUGAUAGCAUAUAAAUUUUGGAGUGAACGGUCCCUUUUAAACGGCCUGUUUAGAAACACACUUGAUGAUUUGUUGCUUUAUGAUGACGGUGUUUGUAUUUAAGCGUGAGAAAACACUCAUUCCUGUUGUGUGUUCAAGCAAAGACAUCAAAUUGAUAUGAAUUCAGCGAUUAAACAUCAGAAAAAAUGGUCUCUAGUUAAGAUUCAUCUGAUUUCGGAUCAGUAAAAGACACCAUAAACCUGUGAUUGCGAUUCUGCUCACCGUUAAUUGACUUUAUUUUGGGUUCCGGACUGUGUGUUUAGUUUGAGAGGGUCCAAACUUAAAGGGACAGUUUGCCUAAAAGUACAAAUUCUGCCAUUUUACUCAUUGCUUGUUUUAAACCUAUAUGAGGUUAAACGCAAAAGAAGAUAUUUUGACGAAUGUUGGCGCUUACUGAUUUCAAUAGUAUUUUAUUCUACAAUGGAAGUCAAUAGGUGCCAACAUUCUUUAGAAUAUCUCCUUCUGUGUCCAACAAAAUCUCAUAAAGGUUUAAGAGAAGAGUAAAUGAUCAGGUACUUUGUAGUUUUUGGGUGAACUUUCCCCUUUUAAUGGGCAUAACGCAUAUUUUAGUGAGUCAUUAAAAGAUUAGUUCACCCCAAAAUAGUUCAAUUGACAUUAUUUACUUGUUUUGUUCUUUUAAAUGCAAAAUGAGAGAGAUUUUGAAGAAUGUUCAUCUGAUUUCGGAUCAGUAAAAGACACCAUAAAUCAGUGAUUGCGAUUCUGCUCAGCGUUAAUAGACUUCAUUUUGGAUUCCGGACUGUAGUUUUGUCAUCUGAGAGAGUCCAAACUUGAAGGAAUAGUUCGCCCAAAUUGCAAAUCCUGUCAUUUACUCAUCUUUCAUUUGUUCAAAACCUAUAUGAGAUUUCCUCUGAGAAGCACAAAAGAAGAUAUUUUGAAGAAUGUUAGCACUUAUUGACUUUAAUAGUAUUUUAUUUUACUAUGGAAGUCAAUAGGUGCCAACAUUUCUUUAGAAUAUCUCCUUUUGUGUUUAACAAUCUCAUAAAGAUUUAAAAGAAGAGUAAAUUAUUGGUUAAUUUGUAGAUUUUGGGUGAACUUUUCCUUUUAAUGGGCAUAAUGCAUAUUUUAGUGAGUCGUUAAAGAGAAUUAGUUCACCCAAAAAAGUCCAAUUGUCAUUUAUUAACUUGUUUUAUUCUUUAUAAUGCAAAAUGAGAGAUAGUUUGAAGAAUGUUGUAUGAAUCUUUUUUUUACGGAUCUCUUUUUGUGUUUAACAGAAGAAAGAAACUCGAGUAGAGGGUGAGUUAAUAGUGACAGAUUAUACAUUUUUGAGUGAACCGUCCCUUUAAAUGGCCUGUUUAGAAACACACAUGAUGGUUUGUUGCUUUAUGAUGACUGUGUUUGUAUUUAGGCGUAAGAAAACACUCAUUCUUGGUGUGUGUUCAUGAAAGGACAUCAAAUUGAUAUGAAUUCAGCAAUUAAACAGUGUAACUAGUCUCUAGUUUAGAUUCAUCUGAUUUCGGAUCAGUAAAAGACACUAUAAACCUGUGAUUCAAAUUUUGCUCAGCGUUUAUAGACUUUUUUUUUGGGUUCCGGACUGUGUUUUUAGUUGAGAGG